CUCUUUCAACGCAACCCGCAAAUCUCUCAUGGUCAGUGGGCACAACAGCGUCAAUUCCCGGGGGUUCAGCUCUCGAUUCCCCAGACUACCGUAAAGUCGCUUUCUGUGCCUGCCAUCUCUGACCGACCACUCGACUCGUCAUCGCCAUCGUCCCCUUGGCCCGCCCCUCGAACCUCGCGAACCCUCGACAGACAUCCAUCCCCGUUCGUUGUCACAAAACAACCUCCACCUGCGGUGGUCUGGAUGGACCUACCCCCAAAACAAGUACAGGGCCGUAUCACGACCGCGCUGAAAGACCUUGAUCUCUCUCUCGAGAUCACCGUCUGAAGGUGCUGCCACAUUGCCAUUGCUAGAAGCAUGCCAGCGACAGAAGCCGAAUAUCAAUCAAGACACCAUGUUCCGGCCCGCCAACCGACUGCGAUCAUGCCUCGAGCUCAGGAAGAGCGCCCGCAGAGGCUGGUCAAGCGGUACCGCACCGAGAUCGCCGCAAGCACCUCGAGCAUGUUUUCCACCGUCGUUGCCUUCCCUCUCGAUAGCGUGAAGACGCGAAUGCAGACCUACCGGUACGAGGGCUUCCUCGACUGCGUGAGGCACACGUACCGCACCGAGAAGCUGAGAGGCUUCUUUCGGGGCGUGCUCGCCCCAAUGGCCAGCAUCACUCUCGUACGGACCAUGUCCUUUUCGAUCUACCAGCGGGCCAAGUACAGCUAUUCUGGCUGGAUAAAAAACGCCUUGGGGUUCGACGUCGUGCAGCACGUCAACAAGAAAGGCACCUACCCCAACCUUUACUCGAUUGCCUGCUUUGGAGCGGCCGGCGCUACGGCCGGCUCGUGUAUCACGCUCCUUGCCUGCCCGUUUGAGUUGACAAAACUCAGCGCGCAGGUGUCUGUUCUGCUGUCGGACCAGCAAAAGCUCAAGGAGGCUAACUGCCGCGCCACCAAUGGCCACCAGGUCGCGGCCAGCUACCAGAACAAGGGUACCUUCAAAACCAUGCGAAACAUCAUCCGCCACAGGGGUGCUUUGGGGCUCUACACUGGCUUCAACUUGCACUUGUUGCGAGAUACGCUGGGAACGGCCAUAUACUUCAUGGUUUACGAGAGCGGGAAGCAACUCGGAACCACGUUUGGUGGCGACCAUCCAACGACCAACAAGUUAUCGGUUGUUAUCUCGGGGGGUCUUUGCGGAAUAGUAUCCUGGGCAAUGAUCUACCCCAUCGACUCGGCAAAGAGCAUCUACCAGCGCAACUCUCUCCUAUACUCCAAGGGGCAGCAGGUUGAGCCGCCCCCCAAGAUUGAAUUCUUCAAACGACACAUGUAUCGCGGGCUCGGCGUGUCCAUGGGACGCUCGUGCGCUGUGAACGCCAUCUUUUUUUCGGCCUUUGAAUUCAUGAAGAAGCACGUCAACUCUCUGGAUGAUAACUAAGGAAUUGUGUGAUAUAUGAAAUACUCGCCGGCGGCCAUGUCGGCAUCCUCAACGGCCGCAUCCAGUAUGUCCAUUGGCGUUUUGGCUCAGGGAUUAGGAUGGACACCACCAAACAUACCAAGAUGGGAAUACGGAACGAGAACACACAGACAGGACCUAUUUGUAGCUUGGAAUCGAGCGCAAUUGAUCAAUCAUUCAACGGCAAAUCAACAGGCGCAAU